CUUAUUUUUGAAUUCUGAAGAUGGGUAUCAAAUUGAUGGGUAUAGCUCAUGCCAAGCAGAAACUCCAGCGAACGCUUUCAGCCAGAUUAGGAGCUAUCACAGACACUAAUGGUAUUGAUGUUCCGAAAGGCCAUUUCGCUGUUUAUGUUGGAGAAGGCAAGAAGAAGAGGUUUGUGAUUCCAAUAUCAUAUUUGAACCAUCCUUUGUUUCUAGACUUGUUAAACAAGGCUCAAGAAGAGUUUGGAUAUGAUCAUCCUACAGGUGGUCUUAUAAUCCCAUGCAGUGAAGACUACUUCAUUACCCUAACUUCGGCUCUAAACUCCUCAUGAUCAUAAUAAUGAUAGUUCUGUACUUCUGUAUAUGACCGGAAACAGGUCGAUUAUUUAACCAAUUAAUUCAUUUUUCUUUGAAUUUUGAUCCUACAUUUUAAAGUAACAGAACUUGAGGCUAAUAAGCGUGAGUCUCUUAAGUUUUGUGUUAGUUGUUAGUGCUUGAGUAAUACCACCCUCUAAUAUGUUUUUUUAAUUUCUAGUCAAAUUCUUCACCAUCACUAUCU